CCUCGGAGUCUGGGCAAGCAGGGGAAAUGAAAAGCCCUUGGAGCAUCUCUGCUUUUUUGGUUUUGUGCUUCUGGAUCCAAUCGAGUGCCUAUGGACAAAGCCCAAGAUCAGAGCCACUGGAAAGGAGGCCUGCAGCUGACAAGGCCAAGACAGUGCUGCAGGAGACCACGACUCGGUUCCUGCUCUUUCCUGGUGAGGAGGAGGCUGGCUGUCAGAUCCGGCUCCAUGCCCCAGACACGCUGCGCCAGUGUGGCUUCAACGCCUCCCGCCCCCUGGUGAUGAUCAUCCACGGCUGGUCGGUGGACGGCUUUCUGGAAAGCUGGAUCUGGCAGAUGGUGGCCGCGCUCAAGACUGGACCUGCCCAGCCCGUGAACGUGGCGCUGGCAGACUGGAUCAGCCUGGCCCACAACCACUACGCCCUGGCCGUGCGCAACACGCGCCUCGUGGGCCAGGAGGUGGCCGCCCUCCUGCGCUGGCUGGAGGACUUGCUUCAGUUCUCCCCGAACAAGGUUCAUCUGGUUGGGUACAGCCUGGGCGCUCACGUCUCGGGGUUCGCUGGCAGUUACAUGGGCAACAAACACAAGAUUGGGAGAAUCACAGGCCUGGAUCCUGCCGGCCCUAUGUUUGAGGGCACAUCUCCCAGCGACCGCCUUUCUCCAGAUGAUGCCAAAUUCGUGGAUGCAAUCCACACCUUCACGCGGGAGCACAUGGGCCUGAGCGUGGGGAUCAAACAGCCUGUAGCCCACUACGACUACUACCCCAAUGGGGGCUCCUUCCAGCCAGGGUGCCACUUCCUUGAGCUCUACAAGCACAUUGCCAACCAUGGCUUGAACGCCCUGGCCCAGGCCAUCAAAUGCGCUCAUGAGCGUUCCGUGCAGCUCUUCAUCGAUUCUUUGCUCUACCGUGAUGCGCCGAGUAAGGCCUACUUGUGCAGUGACAUGGACAGCUUCAGCCAGGGCCUGUGUCUGACCUGCAGGAAGAGCCAGUGCAACACUCUGGGCUACCACACCCGGCAGGAGCCGCACAAGAAGAGCAAAACGCUCUUCCUGGUCACCAGGGCCCAGUCCCCAUACAAAGUUUAUCAUUACCAGUUCAAGAUGCAGUUCAUCAACCAAGUUGAGAAGCCCGUGGAGCCGACUUUUACAAUGUCACUCUUUGGAAUGAAAGAUGAAGCACAUAAAAUCCCCAUCACUCUGGGUGAAGGCAUCAUCAGUAAUAAAACCUAUUCCCUUCUCAUCACACUGGACUCGGACAUCGGUGAGAUCAUCAUGAUUAAGUUCAAGUGGGAAAACAGCGCAGUGUGGGCCAACGUGUGGAACACAGUCCAGACCAUUUUCCCCUGGGGCAAAGGGCCCCUGUACUCAGGCCUCAUCCUAACAAGCAUCAGGAUCAAGGCAGGAGAGACCCAGAAAAGGAUGACAUUCUGCUCGCAGAACAGAGAAGACCUGCAACUGCAUCCAACCCAGGAGAAGACCUUUGUGAACUGUGAGGUAAACUCCAAAAGCCAGAAGCGAACCAGAUGAACUGGGAGGAAAAGCUGGCGCCAGAAAUAAAUGGCUUCACACCUAGUCUGGAGGGUGGCCUUGCCGGGAACCACAGUGCAUGGAAUUUAAAUAAAGUUUAAAGGGGAAGUUCAUUUCACUCGAACAAACUGAGCUUUUAAAAACUGUAUUAUGUAACUCUAUGCAAAUAUUGGUAUAACUGGAAUGCUCCCAAUUCUAUCUCC